GCAGUCCACGCUCAUUGUCCAGUGCUUCACUUGAGCGAACUGGUCUUGCAAGUUCUAUGUGGGCUGUGUCACAGAGCCCCAUAUCGAUCUGCCAGCGUACCUGCUGCACGGACACUGCGUCUUUGGAGACACUCCUGGCUGAUUGUUGUGUUCUUACUUCCAGUGAAAGUCCCCGGGAACAGCCAUGAGGUCCGUCACCGCGUUUCUGCUCUUUCUCUACUGUGUCGGAUUUAUUGGGUGUAAACCCUCAUCGGCCUGCCCGAGCGGACAGUUUAUGCUGAAGAACCAGUGUGUCCUCUGCCAUCCCACCUGCUCUGAGUGCGACGGGCAUGAGCUGUUUGAAUGCACUACCUGUGGAGUUGAUGAAGAUGGACAGGAACGUUUCCUCCACCAAGGUCGCUGUCGGACACACUGCCCCCGGGGACUCUAUCCUGACAGGGGUCACUAUGCCUGUCUGCCCUGCAUAGCCAAUUGUGAACUCUGCACUGAUGGCAACAUAUGUGCCAAAUGUCGGGAACACUACAAACUCCAGAAUGGGGUCUGCCAAACGGCAUCCUGUGACAUAGGGCAGGUGCAGGACCCUGAUACAGGAGAGUGCAUUGACUGUGAGAUGGGCUGCAAAACAUGUUCCACAGAGGACCCUGAGAUCUGCAACAGCUGUGUGGAAGGUUACUUUCUUUUCAGACACCAGUGUCGCAGGCAUUGUCCCCAGAGCACCUAUGAGGACUGGGGCAGGGGUUUGUGUCUGUCCUGUCCGGCACCAUGCACAGAUUGCAGGAGUAACACACGCUGCCUUGCCUGCCAGCCUGGUUACUUCCUCAAUGGAGGUGAUUGUAUUAAACAGUGCCCACCACAAACCUUCAGUGACUCCAGUGGGUGGCUCUGCCAGUCUUGCCACAGCUCCUGCCAGACAUGCCAUGGACCUCGGUCAACUGACUGUGACCUGUGUCUUGGUGGGAACCCCCCUCUACAUGGCCAGUGCCCUCUGGUUAACUGCCCAUUGGGACAAUACUUUGCAGGGAAAUAUAGUGAAUGCCACGAAUGUGAUGCAUCCUGUAAGACCUGCUUUGGCCCACAAGCACUGGAUUGUUCUUCUUGUUUCAAAGGAUAUUUCUUGGGUCAGGACAGUUCUUGUGUAGUGCAGUGCCCAUCUGGGUCCUACGCAAACUCUGCCACUCAGUUGUGUGAGGACUGCUCGCCAAACUGUGAGGCCUGCGUGGACACCAGUGAUACCUGCAUCAGUUGUUCCAAAGGCAGCUAUAAACUUUUUCUCCACCAGGGGAGGUGCUGGUCAAAUUGCCCAGAAGGUUUCUUUGAGACAGCAGAGGGGUCGUGUGAAGCCUGUGAUAGCUCCUGUUUGUCAUGUGAUGGGAUCAAGUCCCAGUGUCUAUCUUGUGCUGAUGGCCACUACUUGGAGAGUGGUAUGUGCAGACUCAACUGUUCACUGCGGACAUACCCUGCAGAUGAUGGUACCUGCAGACGCUGUUCUCCCCACUGUGACGUUUGCUCAGAUGACAGGACCUGUUUCAAAUGCAGUUUCCUCUACCUGAUGCUGAAUGGUGUGUGUAAGGCGAGUUGUCCCAUUGGCUAUUAUGAGGACAUGGAGGAGGGCCGCUGUGGUCAGUGCCACCCGACCUGUGGCAGCUGUUCAGGGCCCCUGGCAGAUGACUGCGAGACCUGCUCGACGUUUAGCCCUAAACUCUAUAAGGGUGUAUGCUCCAAAGACUGCCCCACUGGUACUUACUAUGAAACUGAAGCUAUGGAAUGUCAAGAGUGCCACCAGACUUGUAUGAGCUGUUCUGGCCCAGAUGCAAACCAGUGCACACAGUGCGAGAAGGGACUCGUGCUGGAUCCAAACACAUUGUUGUGUGGCGUGACGGGUGAUACAGACUGCCCACCAAGGACCUACCUACACGACGACCAGUUCACCUGCAUGGGUUGCCACCGGCACUGUUACUCUUGUGAGGGGCCGGGCAACGAUGAAUGCCAGACCUGUGCCAUCCCCAAAUACCUUCAUAACAGCACCUGUGUGAGUGAGUGUCCGGCUGGUACAUACGACACAAAGCAGGAUGCUGACGGAACAGAGCUGGGUCUCUGUUUGCCUUGUGAUCACGCCUGUUCCACCUGCGAUGGAGCAUCGCCUAAAGAUUGCCUCACUUGUUCUCCAGGAUACCUGCGUCUUCUUCAACUCUGUGUCACUCAUUGUCCUACAGGGUAUUACAAAGAGGGCUCCCACUGUGAGAAAUGUGACCAGUCCUGUGAGCUGUGCACAGGGCCAGGGCCUGAGUCCUGCAGGGCCUGUCCACCUCCUCUUCUGGAGCUGCAAGGCACCAAGCUGUGUGUUGAGCACUGCCCACACCGCUUCUAUCAGCUCAAUGACAUGUGCAAGCAGUGCCACACCAGUUGUCAGACCUGUACAGAUGCCUCACCCCAGGGAUGUGUGACGUGCGACUGGGGCAGCACCUUAAAGGACAAAGUCUGCUAUCCCCGUUGUAAGGAAGGAAAAUACUUUUCGGAAAAGGGAACCUGUGAGCCAUGUAACAGCUCGUGUAGGCAUUGCACCGGCCCCAGACCUGACCAGUGUCUGACUUGUCACCGUGAUGCUGCUCUUCAUGCUGUGGAGAACCGCUGUGCGCGCUGUUGUCAGGCUGGAGGGAAUCAGGACACCUAUUGCUGUGUUUGUGACAGCCGCUCAGCUCUGUGUGUGGAGGCCCCCCAACCCAAGUCAGGAGACAAUCAGGUAACAGACCUGGAUAUGUCGUCUAGAGCUCUGAAGCACACCUCGGCUGGCUUGCCUAUUGCCUUGCUGCUAGCACUGGGGUUGGCUCUGGCUGUGUUUGCCUUGGUCAAGGCUCAUGCCAGGAAGAGGCUUUGCUGGGGCCAAAGCUAUGAGAGGCUGAGUGGCAGCGCCAGCAUCAACAUGCCCCACGGUGUUCCCGAGCCAGACAGUGGAGACGAGGUGGAUGUGGUGUACACCAGUAGAGGUGGAUCAGUUUAUCGACGCUACAGCUUUAUCCAUGAGCAGGACACAGAUACAGACCAGGGUGUGGAUGAGAACACUUGUCUCAAUCAAUCUUAGAUACAUUCAUACCAGAGCUUACAGUAUCUAAGGAAUGUGUUGUGGAUGCUCACAAUAUCAAGACUGACAGGUGAAUUCAAAAUAGUUUAGUUAGUGUUUAGAAGAGAAUGUACAGUAGUGGUAUUAUGCUUUAGAAUGUUGCUUUUUGAGUUCUGGUGUUUAUUCUACUUUACAAAGUGCCUGUACCUGUAUAAUGCACAUUCUUAGUUGAGGCAUUUGUGA